AUGAGAGGAUUUAGAUACAACGAAGAUGCUAGAAUGAUUGUUAGCAUGUCUAUUUCAACUAGCUACGUUGAACUAGUUGCAAUGUUGCAUGAAAAAAUGAGGACAAACGGUGAAAAUAUUCAAAUGGAUAUUUCUGGAAAAUAUCCAUGCUCAUUUCAAGAGAAGAUGAGGAUAACUUUGAUUUGUGUAAUGAUGCACAUGCUUAAAUUUGUGAUGAAAAUUCGGAGAAAGAUGAACCUUCAGAAGAUGAUGGAGAAAGUGAAAUCUCAGAAAAAAUCAUUUAGUGAGCUUCCUAAGUUUUUUGCAGCUUUUCAACACUUUAACCAUGGAACAAUUGUAGAAUGGAAACAUGAAGAGUCAAUGAGUUCGUUAGAGGUAAAAACAUAUAAAUUUGUAUUUUGGGCUUUCAAUCCAUGCAUUGAUGGAUUUCGAACUUGUCGUCCAGUUAUUUCAGUAGAUGGAACCCACUUGUAUGGUAAAUAUGAGAUAAAAUUAUUAAUUGCUGUUGGAAUUGAUGGAAAUGAUAACAUUCUCCCUCUAGCAUUUGCUAUUGUUGACAGGGAAUCGAAAGAGGCAUGGAAAUGGUUUUUUAGAAAACUAAGCGCACAUGUAAUAAAGGAUAGAGAAGAUGCAUGUAUUAUCUCUGAUAGGGCAAAAGGAAUCUUAGCUAGUUUAUCAGAGUUGUGGCAAUUCCAGGAGCCUCGGGCCUUUCAUCAAUUUUGCGUAAGACAUCUUAAGAGUAACUUUCAAUCUUAUUUUCCAAAGAGGAAUCUCAGUGAUUUGAUGUGGAAUGCUGCAUCAACUCAUCAAAAAGCUCGAGGAUUGCCUGUCACUGCCAUGGUGAGACUUUCAUUGGAGAAAAUAGUUGAACGGUAUACCCGUAGAUCUCAAAUAGUGCACCAACUUGUAGAGCAAAAGAAAUUAUGGACAAGCAGGUUCAAAGUAAACUGGGAGAAGAACUACGAAAGUUCAAAAAAACACUUUGUUUUUGAUUGGAAUAUAUCCACUGGGACAUAUGAGGUUAGAUCUAUUCAAGUUGAUGGUACUGGUGGCAAUCCUCAUCGUGUUUCACUAAAUGAUAAAAAAUGUGAUUGUGGAAAAUGGGCUAAUUUGCACUUUUCGUGUUCACAUGUCAUGAAGGUUACUGAAAGAAUGGGAGGACUGGCUAGAAAUUUUGUUAGCGAGCAUUUUACAACAGAGAAUUAUGUUGCUACAUAUUUUGGGUCAUUCUCACCGGUUGGGCACGAGGCAUAUUGGCCAUCUCCAAGUUUUAUAAUGAGAAGUAAUGAAUUCUAUCGUCAUCCUAUGCGACAAAGGACAACUAGAGUACCUACUGAGAUGGAUCAUGGUCCUGCAGUAUAUGGGCGAGCUUGCGGGUUGUGUAGACAGAAUGGACAUGAUAGGAGCCGAUGUCCAACUCAUAAUCAAACUUAA